AUGAUGCGUGAAGCCGGCCGCCAGCGUCGUCGCAACGCCGACAGCGACGAGAGCAGCAGCGAGGAUGAGCAGCAGCACACGACCACGACGGUGCAGGAGACGGCGGCGGCGCCUCCGGCCCGCGUGCGCGCGAAGGCGCCUGCCGCGGCUGUGGUGAGCGCGCCGAGCAUGACGCUGCACGCUGACCCCACGGCAACCCAGGUGACGGCGCCGUCCGCCGUCUCGGCGGAGACGGCGGACUCGGAGGGCACCUCGAACGAGGAUGCCCCGUCCUCGCCCGCGGCCGCGGCGCCGUCCAACGAGCUCUCUGAAGAAAUGGAGGCAAUCGACUACGACGCGCUGACGUAUGCGGCGCUGCUCGACAUAAUGAAGCGCGCAAGCCGCCCGGCGAUUGAGGAGAUGAUGGCGCAGAGAGAGCAGCAGGUGGAGUCGACGAUGCAGCAGCAGCAGAACCAGCGUGUGGAGCGCUUCCUCGACGUGGCGACGACGAGCUCGACCGCCGCAGCGGAGGCGAAUGGCAGUAGCGCCGAGGAGGAGGCAGUGGAGGGCUACCGCUACAACACGAUGCUGACGCGCCUCUUCGAGGCUCUGAACCGAAACAAUGAAGGCAGCGCCAUGACGGAGCGCAAUCAGCUGCCGGUGCCCAUCCUGGAGCGCAUGGGUAAGAAGAAGACGGUUAUCGCCAACUUUGGUCGCAUCUGUGACGCCUUUCACCGCCCCAUGGAGGACGUAAAGGACUUCAUUGAAAAGGAGCUGUCCAUCCGUGGCAACCUCGAUAGCAACAACGCGCUCAUCCUCAAGUUUGAGAUCCGAAAGCAGACGGACUUCGAUCGUGUGCUAAUCAAGUACCUCGAUGAGUACGUGAAGUGCAACUCGUGCCACCGCAUUGACACCACGCUCACCAAGGAUGGCCGUCGUCUGGAGCUGCGCUGCAACGUGUGCACUGCGACGCGCACGGUCACGGCCGCCGGUACGGCCACGUUCAGCGCCCAGAUCGAAAAGCGCUCUCGCCAGCGUGCCGCCAUGAUCCUGUGA